UUUGGAAUAUUUUGGAUUUCAAAAAUCUAGAUAACGGAGACUCAACCUGUAUCAGUACCCUGUGUUGGCAUUUGACGCCAAAAUAAUUAUUGGGGAGACCUGGAACUACACUAGGCCAGAACAAGACAUCUGGGAAGCCACCAUUGCCAGAAAUAGACCCUGCAAAAUCAGAAUCUCUGGAAGAUUUUGUCCUGGACUCUUUCCAUUCUUGCCACAAACAUCCCUCCAAUGCGGCUGGGUCUCCCGGGGAGCAGAGGGAGGUGGCUCCCUUUCUGCCCUCCUUCCUUGCCUUUGGGGAUGAGGCUCCAGGUGGCAGCUGCCAGCUCUUGCUCAUUGCAAACAGAGACCAGGAGAGAAGAGAGAACUGGAAAUCUCAUCCAUCGACCAACAGCAAGGCCAAGGCAGACGUGAAGGUGAAGGACUAUAAUGUCUAACAACAUGGCCAAGAUUGCGGAGGCGCGUAAGACAGUGGAGCAGCUGAAACUGGAAGUGAACAUCGAUCGCAUGAAGGUAUCCAAGGCAGCAGCUGACCUCUUGGCUUACUGUGAAGCCCAUGCCAAGGAAGACCCGCUGGUAACCCCUGUGCCCUCUUCAGAGAACCCCUUCCGUGAGAAACGGCUCUUUUGUAUAGUGCUAUGAGCCCAUGCAUGGGGAAAGAAGAUCCCAAAAGAAGCUCCUUCCACUUCCAGCCCUGGGUGAAGUUUCCUUGGAUCUCCAUGUGGCAUGUUUAUUCCUAGCAGAAUGCAGCAGAGAAGAAAUCUUGGGGUUAAACAGGGGUGUAAAUGGAUAGAAAUUUGUAUGUCUGUGUACUUUACACAUCCACCAGUUUGUAUGUGAUGUUUGUGGCUGCAUCUACAAUGCAGAAUUAAUGUAGUUUGACACUGCUUUAACUGCCAUGGCUCAA